AUGCAGGCUAGCCCACAAGCAAGCCUGGAGGAAGAAGAAGAAGCCAACAAAAGGGUGGUGAAAGCCCUCUACGAAGCCUUGAGGUCCCAAGACGUCGAUACGGUGCACCACCUACUAGCACCACACAUAGAGUGGUGGUUCCAUGGCCCACGUUACCAUCACCACCACAUGAUGCGAUUACUCACCGGUACCACUACAUCACCCCACCAAUCUUUCACCUUCAAACCUCUCUCCUUCGUCGCGUUCGGAUCAACGGUCCUCGUCGAGGGUCACGACUCUAUCUCUUGGGUGCACGCGUGGACCGUCACCCAUGGCAUAAUUACCCAGCUGAGGGAGUACUUCAACACUUCCGUUAAAGUCACUAGGUUUGGGAACUCUAACGUCACCUCACAGUCGUCGUCACCGUCGAUGAAGUGUCAGAGCAUUUGGCAGAGCAAGCUCUCGGACAAUUCGUCUGUGCCAGGUCUUGUUCUGGCACUGUAG